AAAAUAUUUUAUUUUUCCUAUUUCUGAUAUCAUAGGUAUGAUAUGUAUCUUUUCGUGGAGGUCGGUUAAUGGUAAGCGAAAAACACGAAGGGCAAAAAUGAGGAAAAUGAUUUUUGAAGCGGACAAACUGAGCUCUCAGGGUAGACAUUUUCGCGGAACUUUGAUCGUCAAGAGGAGAGGAGCGAUCGAAAGGAGUAUUUGGAGCUUGUUGUUGGCACUCAGUGGUUUUCCAGAUGAAUAGGCGUGUAAGAUGGAAUGAGGAGAAUUUGUUAGAAAUUGAAGCAAACAAACCUGUAAGGAAGAAAAUAAUUGAACCCAAGACACCGUACCAUCCCAUGAUUGAUGAUGAUGAUGGGUCUUUGUCUCCUGUAGGGCAUGGUUUCAAUGAUUGUAUCGCUGAUGCUAUGGAUGCAGAGGAGUUGCGAUCUGCUUUGAAGGAUGUGGCUUCCUCGAGCAAAAAAACAAUUGGGCAGUCUAGUGGUUGGACAUCUUCUGAUGAUGAUGAUGAUCCUAUGGAAGAAGAUGGGAGUGGUAUGAGUUUUAAGGAGCAUAGAAAAGCACAUUAUAAUGAGUUUUUGAAGGUAAAGGAACUACGACAAAAAGGCUCCUUCCUUGAGGAUGAAGGUGAUGAUGUGGGGGGUGAUUCGUCUUCAUCAUUAAGGUCUAGUGCCAAAGGGAAAGAAAAAGAUGAAGGCAGUGCAACUUUGCCUCAAAGAUCUUCUGCAGGACCAGCUAAUGGAUUGUAGAAGUCAUCUGUACUAUGUCUGAGAUGUUCAGGCCGACUCUUUUGACAUCCUUUUUGUAGUAGUUUGAUGCUAUUUUGGUGCCAAAGAAAAAGAAACUAUAGGUUAUGUAUUUUUUAUCCCUUUUUGACUUAAAAAUUGUACAUCAUAUUCCCUAGUUUGGCAUGUUUGUAUUGAGUAUUGUGUUACCUCCUAACAUUUUUAUGUUGUUAUUUACUGUGAAGAAAAAGGUUCUGUUAACUACAAGCAAAA